AUGGGCUGUGGUUGUUAUUCAUAUGCGUCAACUGAAAAAGAUAUUUUACGUGUAGCAGUUUUUGGUCUUGAAAAUUCUGGUAAAACAUCACUUGUACAAUGUUUAAAAACUUCAAAUAAAAUAUCUAAAAAUUUUAAAUAUAUAUCAACACAUGGUGUUAUAGCUGUAAAUGUUCAUUUAAAUAUGCAAACAAAUAUUAAUUUACUUGUAUUUGAUUGUGGUGGUUGUAAACAUCAACGACAUAUUUGGCCUCAUUUAUUUAAUAAUUGUGAUCUUAUUUUAUUUACUGUAGAUAGUAUUGAUUUCAAUUGUUUAAAUGAUGCAAAACAAGCACUUUUUGAUUUACUUACUGAUGAAAGUUUAAUAAAUAAACCGUUACUUAUUGUUUUUACUAAAUCAGAUAAACGAAAAAAAAGAAAUAUUAAUCAACUUGAACAAGCAUUGGAUCUUUUUAUGAUACAAGAUAGACCUAUUCACAAAGUUUUAUUUUCAUCAAUAACACUAGAUGGUUUUACUUCCAUAUCAACAUGGUUCGCCUAUUUUAGUCAUUGUAAACUUUAUGGAAAAGAAAUGAAAUUACCAAUCAAUCGACAUUCAUUACCAAAAUCAUUGAAUCUUACCGCAUUAUCAAACAUGUCUUCGACUAGAUUUAAUCCAUCUAACAAUAAAAAAUCAAACUUAUCAACAACUAUAAAUCAUAAUAAAACAAGGAUAUCAUCAUCAUUAGAACAAAAGAAUAACAAAUCAAUUAAAAAAAUAAUAAAUAAAUAA